CAAGUUGCUUUUCGUCUCUACAUCUUUAUUAGGGUCCAUAAUUAAAUCGGCAGUCACGUCAAUUAAACGAGUACUCCAGCGACUAUGAUACUGCCCUACUGUUUCAUCUCCUCAAUCUCAACAAAGAAUAUUCAACAGAUAGGCUGGAUCGAUCAAGAACAGGUAAGAAAUUAACUAAGUACUAAACCAAAUAUAUAAUCAAAUAAGGCAGUAGAGAGAGAUUGAGGGCAACAAGGUUGACCUGCAGAGAAGCUACGUAUACAUAAGAGAGGCCGGUUCUAGUUUGGAGAAAACAAGGAAUUACAAGGCAACAGUUCAGCACCAACAGCAGCAGGCAGAAUGACUGGUACUGGUGGUGACGGCAUGGUCAAUGGAACAUUGCAUAGUUCCUCUGCGGUCAUCCACAAGCCGAUUGUAAGAAUCACAGUUUUGUUUCUGGGAGUUCUUGCUGUUUCUUGCAUCGUUUUGUACAAGUCUGCCUACCAUUUUGAGUUCCUGCCUGGCUCCUCCUCUGAUUCAGAUUCACUUUCCAUGUUAGACAAUCGAACUUCUAAGGGAAAAAUUGAUUUGGAAUUGGAGAGAAUUUUGAAGAACGCAUCCACCAAGCAUAAAACUGUGAUCUUGACAACAUUGAAUCAAGCAUGGGCAGAGCCUGGAUCUAUAUUUGAUCUCUUCUUGGAGAGUUUUCAAGUUGGAGACAACACACAAAAACUUGUAAAUAAUUUGAUCAUAAUAUCCAUGGACCAGAAGGCACAUGCUCGUUGCUUGGCUAUACAUCCACAUUGCUAUGCUCUCAGAACUGAAGGGCUUAAUUUCUCAAGUGAAGCAUACUUCAUGUCUGAAGAAUACCUAAAGAUGAUGUGGAGAAGAAUCGAGUUUUUGGGCACUGUUCUUGAGAUGGGCUACAGCUUUGUUUUCACGGAUGCAGAUAUUGUGUGGCUUCGAAAUCCAUUUCCACGGUUCUAUCCGAAAGUAGAUUUCCAGAUAGCAUGUGAUAACUACUACGGCAAUCCUGAAGACAAAAAUAAUCGACCAAAUGGAGGGUUUACCUAUGUCAGAUCCAAUCUUCGGACGAUUCAAUUCUACAGGUUUUGGUUCCAGUCUAGAGAAACCUAUCCUGGCAAUCAUGAUCAAGAUGUAUUGAAUAUGAUAAAAAACGAUCCUUUCCUCGAGAAGAUCAGACUGGAAAUGAGGUUUCUAGACACAGCUUACUUUGGUGGUUUUUGUGAACGUAGCAAGGAUUUUCACGAAGUUUGUACUAUGCAUGCAAAUUGCUGCUAUGGUCUGGGGACUAAAGUUCAUGAUCUAAAAAUUGUGCUUGUAGACUGGAAGAAUUUCAUGUCAUUGCCUCUUAAGGAAAAAGCAUCAGCAUCACCCGCUUGGAGAGCUCCUCAAAAUUGCAGGACAUAAACCCAGAGGAGUCAGGCUUCCACAUGCAUCCUGCAUCCUUUGACCUUCUUCCUGAUACAUUCUAGAAAACUGAUCAUGGUUAACAUUUCUGCACAUUUCUAUAGCAAUUGUGUGAAAUCAAUGAAGGUGCGAAACUGUUCUUGUUCGAGGAUUGCUCUUGAUGUCUCUCUAAGAAAAAAGUGAUGUAUACAGGUUGUAAAACCAAAGACUUAGUUAAAGUGGAAAUCUAGAAAUUGCAAAUAGCUUUUAAAACCCACCAA